AAACAUUGGACUUGAGGAUGAGGGAAGGUACCUGUGUCUGGCUGGCAAUGAAGGUGGAUUCACUGAGGCACUUGUACAUGUCCGAGUUCAAGUACCACCUAAGACUGUGGUGACUCCUUCUGUUAAGACCUUUAAGACGGGGCAGACGGUGAACCUGACCUGUACUGCGGAGGGUUUUCCUGUCCCCAGUUUUUACUGGCUUCGUGACAACAAGCUUAUGAUUCCUAAUGAAAGGAUUCAGAUUAAUGGUCCACAUAUCAGCUUCGCCAAUAUGUUCCUAGGUGAUCAGGGCCAGUACCAGUGUUUGGCCGAAAAUUUGGCAGGAGAGGAUAAUGUAACAGCCAUUCUUACAUAUAUAGAGGCACCGCAGAUAUACCGAUCUGAUGAACUUGUGUUGGUUGCUAGUGGUGACAAUGCAGUCUUAGUGUGUGCAGCCAAUGGUAUACCCAGUCCCACAAUCACAUGGUUCAGAGGAGAUGUCCAGCUACGACAGCUGUCCUACGUGAACAUCACGACUGAUGGCGUAUUGAUGAUCCUUGGCACACAGGAGCAAGAUGGUGGCGAUUACCGUUGUGUGGCCACCAAUGAGGCAGGCACAGAUUCUGCUGAUGUUACACUCGAAGUUGGAUCUGAGCCCCGUAUCACCACCCAGCCUUCUAAUCUUGGAGCAGACAUAGGGACCAAUGUCACCAUAAGCUGUGAGGCUACUGGAAACCCUCCCCCAAAGAUCUACUGGAGGAAUGAGGAUGGCACCAUUAUUGCAUAUGGGGGAAGAUUUAUUCAGCUCCCAGAAGGCUCUCUGUUUAUCAGAAAUUUGAAGAUUGGUGAUGAGGGACGGUAUACAUGUGUGGUCCAGAACCAGUUUGGUAUGAGGGACAUGUCUGCUUAUCUUAGUGUCACAGGAAUAG